AUGGCCAAUGGUAUCCUGAACGUUGGACGUUAUUUAAAAUACCACCAACAUUGUCGUCAUCAUCAACGCCUCAUCAUCUUUAUGGUUGCUGCGGUUAUGCCUGCCGUUGAUAUAAUGCAUUUCUCCCGGAAUAACAUAUCAUUGGUACAUCAGAGCCAUUUUCGUGGACAAAAUAACUUACUGGAAUUGGAUUUAUCGAAAAAUAAAAUCAUCACAAUGGCAAGUUCGGUAUUUUGUAAUUUAACGGAGUUACGACGCCUCAAUUUGGCUGAUAAUUCAAUUGGGGAAUUGGUGCAACGCAUAUUUUUCAUGUUAAGCAAAUUGAAAUAUCUGGAUUUGAGUGGUAAUCCGUUGCAAGAGCUGCCACCAGAUGUCUUUCGCGAUGUGCCUCAACUGAAAGUAUUCAAAUGCCGCAACUGUCAAUUGAAGAAAAUCAAUCCACAGCUAUACAAUUUAUUACCACAAUUGACUGAACUCGAUUUGGGAAGAAAUGAGUUUAAAUUUCUUGACAAGGAUGAAUUUCGUGACAUCAAACAUUUAAGGAAACUUCAAUUGGACGGUAAUCAAUUGUCUGUGGUUGUCGAUGAACUAUUCCGUUCACAGAAAAAUCUUCAACAUUUGGAUUUGUCCUACAAUCGUUUGGCCAAAGUUCCCAGCGAUUCAUUUCUAAGUUUGACUAAUUUGACUUUUCUGGAUUUGUCGUAUAACAAAUUGGUGCGUUUAGAACCGCAGUCAGUGAGGCGUCUCAGCCAUUUGCAAACUCUGAAUAUAAGUGGCAACGUGCACAUGAAUCUCAAUGAAAUACGAGAGACAUUUGAUCUAUUGCCGCACCUGACACAUCUUUCGAUUGCCGAUAUGAAUAUAUUGCCGGUUGGUUUGUUAAAUCCAUUUAAACAUUUACGUUAUUUGAAUAUAUCCGGUAAUCAUUUGGAUGUUAUGUCCUUGCAAGUCAUUGAGCCCUGCCAGGAGCUAGAGUUCCUCGAUCUCUCUCGCAAUCAAUUACAUGGCAUUAAUGAAGAACUUGUGUUGCGUAUCCAAGCUAUUCGCAAUGUUCGAUUGGAUAAUAAUCCGCUGAUAUGUGAUGAAUGUCACAUGGGCAAACUAAUUGAUGUUGUACGACAGUUACAAUGGAAAUGGGAAACAUAUCCGAUUUGUUUUCUACCAAAAACUUUACGGGGUGCCGAAAUAACAGACUUGGAUGCAAAUGGACUGGAUUCCUGUUUGGAAUAUAUUACCGAUGAGGAACAGAAUGCUGCAAGUACAUCGCACAAUUUUCUUGAAGCAGGUGGUCUCAACACUCUUGCCAUUCUGGGUGGUGUUAUAUUUGUUCUAAUUGCCAUCAUAAUAAUCUCAGUGGCAAUCUGUUUUUCGAGAAAUCGUGCACGGUACUAUACACGAGAGGAUCAUCUUAAUGGAAGUGAAGACAAAUGCCUGGAAAAGAAUCUGGAAACGACCACCACAACCAUUACGGCCCAUAGCAAUGGCUCGGCCACAGCAUCACCCACCAAUGGCAGCAUGAAAAAAACACCCCUAAAUGCCAAUGGCAAUGGCUAUGAGAGCAUGGCCUCGGAGCCCUUGAAUCCCAACAAGACCAGCACCGUGGAUAACGUUGAGGCCCAGGCCAAUGAAAUAAAUUUCAAAUUCCCCAUUGAUGAUCGCGUGUGUACCAUUGAUGAACUGAUAGUUGUACCACCGACGGCACCACAAUUGCCCAGCACAAAACCACCACAAACGAUGAUGAUGACGAUGUCAUCUGCAACUGGCAACAACUCCUCCGCCAUUGCCUCGGGAGUUGCAAUGUCAGCAAUGGAAUCUUCAAGUUGUAGUAACUUGAAUUUAAGAUACUUAGCAACACCUCUUAACUGUGGCAGUACCACAGCCCAGGCAGCUGUGGCGGCUGCUGCCACAGUUAUACCACCGGGGGCGCCAUCAGCUGGUGGGACAGCCACAAUGCUUGGUGCACCCUUAACACCAGCACAUCAUCUCAGCGGCGGAGGCGGCAGCAAUACAAUGCCACCGGAGGCAAUAGUUGUAGUACUGCCGCCACCAUCGGCCACAAUAAUCUCAUCCGAGCAACUGCCACAACAGCAACGUCAGCAGCAGCCCCACCACCAACAACAACAGCAGCAACAAUUGUUGCAUUUAACCACACUUGAACCAUUGGUCAGCGUUAACUGA